AUGAGGGUCGACUGCGCUCAUCCAGGAUUCCUGCCCCUUUCUCCUCCCCUGCAGUCCCCAAGGCUGAAGAGUCAGUAAGUGCCAAUCGAUCUCAGAACCGGCAGACGUGCAUGUUCCAGGUCCCGGCCCCGCCCCCUGACCUCGCACCAGUCCCAACCUCUGAGUCUACUCGGGCAAACAUGGAACCGGUUCACCAGGAUCCCCACCCUUCAUCAAUCCUCAUACCCUCUGCACCUUCUAAUCAGCAACGUAGAAAGAAUGAGGCUUCAUCAGCUGAGACCCUGUAUGUUGCCCGACAGUCAGUAAAGGAAAAUGAACCAGAUAAAAUGCCUCCUCCGUUUGCUGUCAAAUGCAGAAGAAAAUCUGUAGCCCACCCAGAGAUAAACAAAGGCAGCAAAAGGCUGUCUAGUGUUGCAAAGCCUCCCGAUGGGCAGACAAAGAGGGGAAAGUUUGGAGAAGCUUCUCGGCCAAACCAGAAGUUCUAUGAGAUGAUCCAAAACUUCAGAGAGACCUUGGAAAUAACCCCCUUAUCAACUACUGACCAUAUCGAACCUCACAGGAUUAGCGUAUGCGUUCGCAAGCGACCCUUUAACAAACCAGAGAUUACCAGAAAAGAGAUAGAUGUGGUGUCUAUACCUGGGAAAGGGGCACUGCUGGUCCAUGAGCCAAAACAGAAGGUGGACCUCACCAAGUACUUGGACAACCAAGUCUUCCACUUCGACUACUCCUUUAACGAAACCGCCACCAAUGAACUGGUCUACAAGUUCACAGCCAAACCUUUGGUGCAGUCCAUUUUCGACGGUGGCAUGGCAACAUGUUUUGCAUACGGCCAGACUGGAAGUGGGAAGACUCAUACAAUGGGAGGUGAUUUCACAGGCAAGCAGCAGAACAGUUCAAAGGGAAUCUACGCCAUGGCAGCCCAGGAUGUUUUCGCCUAUAUGAACCACAGAAGGUAUGCCAACCUGGAUCUCUCUGCUUAUGUCAGCUUCUUCGAGAUUUACAAUGGAAAAGUGUAUGACCUACUCAAUAAGAAGACCAAGCUCCGUGUCCUGGAGGAUGAACGACAGCAGGUCCAGGUGGUGGGCCUGGAGGAGGUCUAUGUGACCACAUCAGAAGAGGUCAUCAAGAUUAUCCAGAUGGGCAGUUCAUGCAGAACAUCAGGCCAGACCUCGGCCAACGCCAACUCCUCCCGCUCCCAUGCCAUCCUUCAGAUUGUCCUACGGCGCAACGACCGUGCGACCACGAUGCACGGCAAGUUUUCUCUUGUUGAUUUGGCUGGCAAUGAGCGCGGCACUGACGUCAGCAGCAAUGACCGGAGCACUUUGGUGGAGACGGCCGAGAUCAACCGCAGCCUGCUGGCUCUCAAGGAGUGUAUCCGUUCGCUGGGAAUGAACAGCGACCACAUUCCUUUCCGGAUGAGCACAUUGACAAAAGUGCUCAGGGAUUCCUUUAUUGGAGAGAAGUCCAGGACCUGCAUGAUUGCUAUGGUGUCUCCAGGCCUGGCUUCCUGUGAAUACACAAUGAACACUCUACGUUAUGCUGACAGAGUGAAGGAACUGAAAGGCAAUUCCAAGGCCAACUGUGCAGUACAGGCACAAGAGCCGUUAGAAAGCUCCACAGAGGAGGAAUCUGUUGCGGAUACCAGUGUGUAUGAUUCCAUUUCCCGUGUGGCAGAGCUGGAGGAGAAGGUGUAUGCACAGGUCCAGAAAGCCAAUGAAUUCUACAAUGCAAUGGGGAAAAGCACUUACAAUAUCGAGGAAGGACUUCCGGACUUGGUGGACUAUGCCAAGACAUUCAUGGGAAUGGUAGAGGCUUUGCAAACUGCUGUCGACGAGGAGAGAAUGGCAAGGCAAUGCUUCUAAGAAAACCCAUGGAGCCACUCACAAAGUGUGUUUAUUAUGAAAAUGUCUGUUGUUGAAGCAGCUGAUUUUAACGUGUUGAAUAUAUAUAAAUGUAUGCAGACACUAAUUCAUUGAAAGUGAUUAUUUUUGUAAGAAUGUAAUCACUUGAGGAACUACUUGUGUGUAUAUUAUUGAAUGCAUUGCUGUGGAUGUUUCCAUGUCUGUCUUAUACUUUCAGUGGGCACUAGUAUAUUAUUGUUGAACUUUCAAUGUUGGUUUUGUGAGGGGGGGGGUGUGAUUAAAAUUGUCUCAAUAUUGCAUAAAGAUUUGUAACAAGUCUAGCUCGGAUAUGUUUGCAGAGAAAUGUAAUAAAAACCUUUCUUAUUAA